AUGCCGAACGAUACAACAUCUUCAAUUCCUGUAAAUGGAAGUGAACGGUACAAGAUAGAAGAAACAGGGAUGAAACAAACUGAAGGUAAUUACAAAAGCAUGCAAUUGCGAAAGAUUAAGUGAAAUGUUUGUAAGGGCAUGAGAACACGCUUACAUCUUUUCAGUAAUUCGGGGAGGAAGAUCGGUUUGGUUAGUCCAAGCUCCUCAAAAUAUUUUUGAAUCUAGGUUUUAUGAAAAACCAUUUUUUCCUCUUUGGGCAAGAUCCUGCAGGAUCUGCAACUCGACUGGGUAAUUUUGUUCAUUUUACAUUGUGGGCGACAAAAUAUAUUAAGUUCAGCCACCAGUAAUAUUUACAUCUAGUUUUGCUUCUCAUGACGCGGUAAAUUUGCAGAAAAAUAGUUACAAAAUUAUCAUAACGUAUAACAUCUCCUGUAUCAAAUUCAUGACAAUUUUUAAUUAUAUAAAAUCCAUCCAAGUAUAUGUUUAAUAGUAUAAAAAGAAAACACUUUUUACGGAUUUGAGCAAGAAUAUGUAUGCAAACAAAGAAAAAAAUAUAUUCUCUUACAAAUUAAAGAAAUCGAAGACCUACUGCUAAGUAGGUCUGCAUUGCAAAUAAUUGAUGCUUUAUAUAAAUAUUUAAUCAAUAUUUUGAACGUAUGCAUGGAUGCAAUUAAUAUAGUAUUCUACAAAAUGGCGCUUCACAUCAAAUUCCAUGAUAAAUUCUAUACUUCAGAUUUAAAUUUCGUGAUUGCCUCAAGAAUAAACGAAGAAAUGCGAGCUGCGUUGGACCCCAAAGAAUUGGAAUCAUUUGCUCGUCAAAUUGCUACUGGAAUGGUAAAUUGUUUACAAUUUUAAAUUGUCUUAAAUUAAACCAGAAUUUCAAAUGCGCAAAAUACUCAACUUUAACAAAUUUCCCGAAACAAUGCAAUCAUACUUGUUGUCCGUAAUGGUCCAAGACUAUGGUAUAGUAAUGCAUAAUCCUUCUAAUCUUUUAGUACAAAUAAUAAUAAAUGAAUUCUGUAUUGGAACCUGGGCAAAAUUCUUUGAGUCAACUAACUACUUUACAAUCAACCAUGCAAUCACUGUCGAGUAAUAAUGUGUCAUUUCAUAUUCUUGUUUUAGAAACAUGUUUCAGGUCUAGGUAUUGUUCACCGUGAUUUGGCAGCAAGGAACAUACUACUUGGCGAAGAGAAAGUUUUGAAAAUAUCAGAUUUUGGCUUGUCACGCGAGGAAGCGUACAUAAAAAGGUCUAACGGGAAAAUUCCUUUCAGAUGGCUAUCUAUUGAAGCGAUACAAGAGCGAACUUAUUCUACUGCCAGUGAUGUGUAAGUACACCAAUUACAUGGAAAUAUAUCCGUGCUGGAACCCCUCGCAUUUUUAAAGCAAACAACUAUGCAGGGCGCAUCAGAAAAAAGACAAUUUUGAAACGGCUCUCAAUUUUACAAAUCCGUUCAAGUCAUGACAUUUUUGAUAAAUAUAGAUUGUUUGGGUACAACAAUGUAGAAUAAACAAAAUAUUUUAUUGAAAAUAAAUUUUGCAGACCGGGGGAGGUCUUUUUUAGCAGCAUUAAAAAUAGCUUGCGCACGAAAUUUAAAAGCUUAAAAACGCAUAUUCCGUUCAUGGGCAAGAAGUUCGUUAUGUUUCUAUUAAUGAUCCAAAUAUCAGAAAAUAUGCUAAAUUUUAAGUUCUUUAAUUUCUUAAAGAACUACUGAUAAUUUUUAUUUUUUGGCACUAAUGCCUUUCACGCAUGUUCAAUUGAUGCAUUACCUAAUUUGUAUCUUGUUAUUUUACUGUUUUUACAAUAAAAAUAUGCAAAGUAGGUAAAUGCAUGAAUUAAGCAUGCGCGAAAGGCAUUGGUGCCAAAAUAUUAAAGAUUCAGCAGCUAUUUAAACGACAUAAAAUUUAGCAAAUUUUCUGAUAUUUGGACUCUUCAUAAAACGUAUAACGAACUUCUCAACCCUGGACUUAAAAUGUGUUUUUAAGCUUUUAAAUUUCGUGCGCAACCUAUUUUUAAUGUUCCUAAAAAACACACACACCCUCCCUGCUCUGAAUAAUUUAUCUUUAAAAAAUGUUUUGUUAAUUCUGCAUUACAAGUACUCAAACAAAUCUAUAUUUAUCAAAAAUUUCAUGACAUGAACGGAUUUGUGAAAUUGAGAGCCGUUUUAAAAUUGUCUAGUACUCUUUUCUGACACGCCCUGUAGUUCCCUUACAUAUUUUCAACACAAUCAAUCCCAAACGAAAAUUGAGGAAAUAUAAAGAAAAACAAAAUCUAAAUAUCAUACCUCAACAUCGAUGCAUUUUUCGGACUUUGUCUUAUUUUAUGUUCUUUCAACUUAAAGUACUGCUACUUGCAGACCGCUGGUCACGUACAAUGGCUGUAAUGAAAUUGACGGUAACGAAAAAUAGGACACUAUGACGCAUUGCACUCCGGCUAAAUUGACAAAUUUUAGAUAUUCUGUAACAUUAUUUAAAUAGAAAAGUGAGUGAAAUUUUCACAAAAUACUUUGUAACUAUUACAAUAGUAAACGAAUAAUCGUCUGCUGUCAUCUACAGCGAUUUGUGGGUUAUAAUGCUAAUAUAAAAGCGACUAAACAUUCUGUUAUUUAUUUGGAGAAAAAUUUCCAUAUGUAUUGCAGCUUGUAUUUAGUCGCUCUUCUGUGGAAAAUUUCGUUGGUAUACUAGAAGUAAAAAUAUUUAUUGGGAAUUUUAAAAAAAUGUCGGCUAUCGGAAGAAAUAAUCAACGAAGGCGUAGCCUGAGUUGACUAUUCGUCAUAAACAACGAGGCCGAGUUGUCUAAUUGUUUUAAUAUGACUUCUUUCCAAGCAUAUUUCAAGUAUUUCAAUAAAUUUAAAACCACGCACGAGCGUGUGAAUGUUUUCGUUCGACCUUCCCACGCUUUGCCUACUGCUUUUUUGUUUACUUUAAUUUGCAAAGAACCCGAUAAAAUGUUUUAAAAAAUUCACGGCUCGUAAGAUUUGAAAAUAUUUUAAAACAGGUAAAAAAACAGUCAAGAUAUCAAGGAAAAAUACAAGCGAUUUUUGAUAAUUAAAAGAGAAUGAAACAAUUGCAAGACUUAAAAGUCUAAAAUUUAAGAUAUUUUCAAACUGUAAACAAUAUGAUUUCCCGAAAUGUUGCAGUAGUUCAUGUUAAAUAUUGGUAAAAAUGCACGCAAGGCAAUCCUAAUUAAUUUCGUUAAAAUCAAUGAAAUACAGGACAAUGUAACUGUGAAAAACAAUACUAUCACACAAAACAGACCUUUUAAGGGGGAGGGGAGUCUUAAAAUAUUACUGCAAUAAACAUAAAAUGACAUGUUAGACAGAGACGUAGAAGACGAGAAAACAUGUGAUUAAGAAACUACAAGCAGUUGAAAUUUCAACGGUUUUGUUUGCAAUAGGCACACAAGAUGUGCUCUGCAAUUUCGUUUGCCUUCGUGUCACAUUUGGGGCAAGCAACAGCAGCUUUAUUAUAAAUUAUAUAAAAUACAAUUUAAAUUUUGCUGCCUAUACCAUUAAACAUUUUCAGACCACAUUUUGUGUUUUUGGUCCUUCGGGCAAAUAAUUUUCGACAAAAUUCUCUCAAAUCUUUCCGCCGGACGUCGGGUAAUUGUCCAAGGUUGAGUAGCCAAUCUGGAAGCUGCAUUUGCCAAUGGUUGCAGGUUCAGUGUAUACUAUAUAAGGCUCACCUAUAACCGAGUACUCGUGAAAAGCUCGCCAUACUGGGGGUAUUUUGGACACACGAAUUUCCGGUUCUGAAUCUGGAAAGUGAGUAGGUCCAUAUCAAUCUGCGUCAAACUUUGGCAGCAGUGCUGUUGAACUAAAUUUACCAGGGGCUCUGUUGACGAGCGUGAAGCCGUAAAAUCGCUAAAAAACGUGACAUCAUGCGAUGACCAGGGACAGCGGCGGCAUUUUCUGAUUGGGGGGGGGACUGGCGAACACCGAAGGUGUGUGCCUUCUGGGACUGGGGUCCGGGAAAUUUUGAAAUCUGAGACUUCACAGAGCCCGGGAAAUGCAAUAAAACCUGCUAGUUUCUUUUAAAAAAUUCUUGAACGACUCUUAAUAAGCAAGCCAUUAUAUACGGGUAAAAUUUACUCGCUUAGUACAUUUUCCUUGAAUAGAUUUUUUUCUUCGAAAUUUAAUGCCGUAUUUAAGAGUAAUUUAAAUUGCAUUUUCCAUACUUAUCGUCCUUACCUUUCUUAGAAAUUUUUUUUCCGGGAAGUGCGAGCCCACUAAUACAUGACAAGAAAAUAAUAAAUGGAAACAAACACCUGUCCAGCGUAAGCUACUAAUGAAGACUAAUCUAAUCUAGAUAAUUAUGUGCAAGGAAUAAGUACGUAGGCUAUUUUAAAAAGUCUAUGAUAGUCCAAAAGAAAUAUAAUUCAAAAGUCUGACCAAUUCUGCUGGAGUUUUUUUAAAUCAAAACUAAAUAUUUUUGUUCAUAUUGUAACAGAGAUCCUGGUCCGUAAAUGAACCACAGUUACGUUUUCUCUUGUCGUUCUUGGACAUGAGUAUAUUCGGUAUUUAGUAUCGCCAGAUGACUGAAUCUCCUCUGUGACAUAAUAAAUUCUCGAUUUUCUAAAGUAGUGGGGGGCUCAGCCCCCCCCCCCCCAGAGUUUGAAUCAGAGACGCACUAACAAGUCAUGAAGAACUUAGAGAAUUAAUGAAUAUCAUUCAGUCAGGUUGGCCAGAUCGAAAACACAAUUGCAAGCCUGCCUCGUACCCAGGCGUCUCUUUGUAAAAAAACAGUGAUGCCCAUAUGACGUGUUUACAUGAAGUAUUGUAGUGGGGAGAGAUGGCGAAGGGGCUGAUGGGAAGAGUGCACUUGAACUGCAAGACGCCUGGCAGUUCUUGGUCGAUUUCUUGCAACUUUGUACGAUUUCUUGCAAGUUGUGCUAUUUCGUUGUCGUUUACGAUUUUUUGCUACUUGUUUUUGUUGAAUAUAAUUGACUAAUGUUAAUAUUCUUCUGUCAUCCGGGCGUGAAUUCAUGCUGUUAUUCUUGGUAUAUAUGACAUAUAUAUGCCCUUAAAGUCCAUGGAAAUUCCAAUAUUAACAUGUCAACAACCGAAGCGUUGAAGAACUAGACUUGCAGGAACUAGAUUUGUAAGCUAUCACUAUAUAAAGGUACAGACUAUAAAAUUGCACUGUUGUAAUAAAUAUUUCAAACUUUACGGCUGUGAACUUUUAUUUACUUGGGCUUUUGUUUACAGUAUACAUUUAAUAGAAAAUGCCAUUGGCAUUGUGAUCGACUGAUUGAGCUUUCAGCUAAAGAAGUUAUUAAUACAAAAGCAAUUAUAUGACUUUCUAAUCAUUUCUCUGUUACUGUUUUAUGCUAACUGAGCAACUGAUACCAUUCUAUUAUUCUCCAUGUAAUAUCGAAUGACAUAUUCGAAAUAUUCGCACGGUUAACUUGUCAUGUUAUUUACUCAUAAUUUUUCGCGCAUUUUGCAUGUCAUCGAACAUCUACAAAUGUAUUAUUAUUUGCCAAUGGCGUUCAAUUCAACUCUUCAUCACAAAGUAAGGUUUUACACACAGAGUAUAUGACGAUAUGGUAACUUUUUGUAUAAAAUUCCCUGUUUUCCCGCCAUGACAGUAUACAAGAACUGCCAGGCGCUCCCCAGCACGCACCCUUCCCAACAGCCCCUUCGCGCGUCGGAUGCCUACCUGAAUACUUCAUGUAAGCGCCUGGGUACGAGGCAGAUUGCAAGCAGUUAUUCUACUAUAUUGGAAUAUUUGGGCUAAAUUCUGGGCGAUCGAUGUAAUUAUCUUCAAAGGCAACCGAAAGGUUGUAAGACUUUCAUAUUUCGAUGCAAAAGGAAAUGUUAGCGAGACUUCACCACGGUCGCAUGGGCACCAAUAACUCGAAGAGAAAAGCCCGUGAUGCUGUUUACUGCAUCUGUUGUUUGAUGAAUAGCUAAUGGUAUCAAAGUGCAUGAACAGGAAAAAGCUCACUAAGGAAUGCAUGAUCACUUUCAGAGUGAUCAUGCAACCAUUCCUUGAGGUUCCAACCAUUCCUUGAGGUUCCAUAGCAACAUAUUUAUUUACUUUUGAGAGUCCGACCAUGUCCUCUUUGUUGACUGCGAAAGCGAUAUUGUCCAGACAUGGACUUGCAGAGAUCGUGAGUGGCAAAGGAACAAUGCUCGUCAAUUUAAUAUAGAGCUCAUUUGGCGUUGGAGAAUACAACAGUUAGGCUAAGUGCUUGAAUCCCGAAAGCUAACGGCUUAGUGGAAAGGAUUGUACAAACUGUGUAAGAUUUUUUACCCAAAGCGAAGACUGAAGAUCCGCAUUUGAUUUUGUUGGAAUCCAUGGCGUCCCAAUCUUGGGAUAGAGUUUGAGAAUAAGAAAGUAUAUAAUAGAAAAAUAUGUAAUAUAAUAUACAAUUUUUACUGGCAUGCCCAACUGGGAGUUUCUGUUAGCCGUUUAUUCCUCUUUUGUUGAGUUUGAUACUCGCGCUUGAUACUCGCGGCCGCUCCUGAAUACAUAAUAGGAAACAAAGGUUAAUGACCCUCAAUAGGCAGAUGGUCUAACAAAAUUUUGGAAUCCUUACUUAAUGAUAUCAAAUAGCGCCAUAAUACGUACAAGUCGUUACCAAUGUGCGUGCACUAUUUGCUUAACAGUUGAAGGGUAUUGUAGAUGAAGUGAGAUGAGACUAAUAUUCAACCGAGUGAGAUGCCAACAAAAUCUUGAUAUUUGUUUAACACAUGGUAAUUUUUUACGAGUACAAAUUAUUGUUAAUGGACGAUACUCAAUGCAGUAGACCUAAAAAUUACAGAUUUAAAAUGUCUAUGUUAAGUCAACCCGAAAGCUACUAUUGUCUAAACAAAGAAAGACUCUAUCACAGACUUUCAUUAUUUGCUUGCCAAUCCCGUAGGCUACUACACCCAGUAUCGUUUAUUAAUUAUUGUCCAAACCACUAUGUUUGACCUAUUCAUAACUAUAACAAUGAAACUAUAGUUAAGCAUGGGCAUAUAUCCGAGUUAGCUUUUUCUGCCUAUAUCAUUCUUAUAUAUAUAUUCAUAUAUAUAUAUAUAUAUAUAUAUAUAUAUAUAUAUAUAUAUAUAUAUAUAUAUAUAUAUAUAUAUAUAUAUAUAUAUAUAUAUAUAUAUAUAUAUAUAUAUAUAUAUAUAUAUAUAUAUAUAUAUGAAACACAGUCCGUGAGGACAUUAACACAAUGUUUUUUUCAAACUUACAUUUUUUUAUAUACGUUUUCAUAUACGCGUCAUUUUUUUAUUUUUUAGAUGGGCAUUUGGUGUUGUAUUGUGGGAAAUAUGCACAUUAGGUAAGAGUAUUUCCUAUCGGCUUCUCGCCGGCCAUACUUGUCAACCAAAUAGAAGCCGACUGCUAGCACAAUAAUUUUUUAAGAACAAAUUUAACUAAGAACCGAUAUAAAAAGGUUUACGUAUUUUUAUGUAUUAUUGUUUUCUUUUUUCCUGUACUUUCACUUGUGUAAAUUUUGGAACUUCUUCAACAGUAUGUGCUUACCCAAAUUUAUAUAUUUUAGGCGACACUCCUUAUUCAUCAGUCUCGGACAGGGAUCUCAAAGAUUUCUUACUUGCCGGAAAGAGAUUGGAGAAAGUGAACAGCUGCACGGACGAUAU